UGUUUUUCCAACCGAUUGAAUACCAUCAUUACAAAUCCAGAAAUAGUCGAUAUAAUUUAUUUUCUAACUACACGACACUCGAUUAUCUCGGACAUAAUUCUACUUGAUGAAAGCUUUGAUUCAAAUAUUUUAAAUCGCCACUAUCCUUCAUUACCAACUUACAUUUUGUCAUCUGAUUCAAUCAAUAAGCUACAGAAUACUCUAUUCAAAUUAAGAUCAUCGACAUCAUGGAGUAUAGAAUCUCUUUUUUUUAUCAUCAGCAACAGUAGCAACGGUAAUUCCAUGACUUGCGAUGAUAAUGCAUUAGAAGUGUUGCAAUUGCUUUGGAAAAUGGAUUUAUUGGAAUCCUUUUAUGUUUGUCCUCAGCCUGCACACACUAACAAUACAAAACAACUGCUGUACACUUACAAUCCAUUCACAAAUUGGGCACCACAAUCAUGGCAGGAAGUAGUUAACCUUAAAAACAAACCAGAUGAUCGAUGGACUCUUUACCAACAGUCACAUCGAAAUGAUAAAAUAAUAUGCGACACCCUAACUUUUGAUAAAACAAAAUUUCUUGAAGGUUACGGUAUCAAAGUCACUGGGUUCCCUGUUAAAAAUUCAAACUGGACUUAUAAUAAAAAUUAUUCUGUCGAUAGCAUAGAAUAUUAUUUUCCGCAUACGUAUGCUGCAUUUUUUUCAACAUUAUUUUCUGCUUUGAAUGUUACACCGAUUAUCAAUUACGAUGAUAACGGGGUUUUCAUAAAGAACAAAGUAAUAGGAUUUUUGGAAUCUUUAGUUAAUGGUACUCAAGAUAUAUGUAUGAAUAAUCGAUACAUAUCGGAUACGGUUAACAAUUCAGUUGAUUCAAUCAAAUUGCAUCAUCAAAAUGGUUUUUUGAUUAUAACCCAGCCACGUGAUUUCAUAUCAGCAUUUGACAAAAUAAGUGAUUUUUUUGAUACUAAAAUAGUAAUAUUUUCGGUAUUUGUGCUACUCUUUACAUUUAUUAUCAUUAUACUUAACAACAAAAGACAACAAUACUGUGUAGCUGCUUUAGAUAUUUUACGAUUGAUAUUGAGCAAUGCGAUGAAAGCACAACUGAAACGACCAUCGAUGCGCAUUACUUUUGUAAUUGCGUCUAUACUAAUUUUCAUUUUAACUCCUUCACUACAAGGGCAAAUAUCAUCAUUUUUAACGAAACCAGAACGACACAACAUAGAAAAUUUGAAUGAUUUAUUUGACUUCAAAUAUCAUGUUCACUUCCAUCCAAUAUUACAAAAAGAUAUUAUUAAUCAAAAGUUGUGGUUAAAUUCUGAUGAAAAAUAUUUACAUCCAAUCACUGGAUACCGCAAUAUCGAAUGCUAUGAACAUGUUCUGAAUGAUACUAAUGCUGCUUGCAUUACUUACAGUCUGGCUCAAGUAAUAGCCGCUAGUGAACAUCAUUUUCAUAUCUCAAAUAAAUUAUUAUUCAAAACAUAUUUUUCUUUCUGGACUCGAAAAAACUGGGCAUUGAAAAACAAGCUUGAUCAGAUAGCAUUCAAAAUUCGACAAUCUGGUUUAUACGAUUACUGGUACAAAAAUGAAUUAUAUGAUCCUCUGAAGAAAUUAAUAAUUAUUGAAUCAGGAGAUACAUUUGUGAAGUAUAGUCAAAUAGAUAUUGGCAACUUGAAGUUUGCAUUUUUAUUUUUGGCUAUAGGUUUAGGAUUUUCAUUAACUAUAUUUGGAUUUGAAAUAAUGCUAUGAGGUUUACGUACUUUUAAAUGAG